AUGAAUAAAGCGGCAUGAUACGUCGUUCGGAUUUCCUAUGAACAGUUCUGCAGCGGAUAAUUUGCCAGUGAUGGUGUAAAGAGAAGACUAGAGUCGUGGGCGAUGUUGCCGAACUGGAGAAGAUGGUCCUGCUUCAUAAUUAUCACAUGUUUAACACACAUCGUAAAACAAGGGAGCGGACAGGCUACAGACGUAGAUGUCCGUCUGACAGCACCCAGCUGGGUCGCACGAGGCGGUUCCGCGACUAUGAGAUGUCUACAUCAGGUACCUCCGCAACUACUGUAUAAAGUGGAAUUCCUGAGAUCGGGUGCUAAACUACUGCAAUAUGUUCGCGAGAGAGUCCCGCCAUUUACCAAUUACACAUUUCCCGGUGGAAAGUUAAAUAUGUCUCUCGUUACUGAGAAUUCUAUAACAAUCGAAAACUUGGAUCCUUCAGCGUCGGGCUUGUAUUGGUGCGAGGUGUCCCUAGAGACACCCAUUUUUACGGCCGCUUCGCCGCCGCAUCAGCUCACUGUUGUCUAUGCCCAAAAACAUCCACCGAUCAUAACUUUCGGCAAACCCGAUGUGGUGGUUGAAGGGUUGCUGCGAGCUAAUUGCACCAGUGCCCCGGCAGCGCCCGCGCCCCGACUGACCUGGUAUAUUGAUAAUGAAAAGGUACCGGAGGAUUCGAUCAAAUAUUUUUCGUACAGAGUAUCAAGUUCGACUAGAACUAAAGGCGGUGGUGGAUACAAAAACAGAAAGUAUCACCACCGUUAUAUAGCUCCAGAGUUCAACUAUACCGCCAAGUAUUGGGCUCUUGUUAGUGAGACGACCACCAACACGCCGAAUACGACUAAACAUAACAAAUGUACUUUAAAUGAAGCGCAAAGUGAAGAAAUGAAAAAGAUUCGCGAGAAGCCACGGGAACCUCAAAUAGUACCGAUAUCUCUGUGGGUGUCGAUCGCGGAGUUGCGAACUCCCGCGCAUGGCAGACUACAGCUCACCUGCACGGCCACCAUACCUGAUGAAGUCGGCCCUGGAGAACGGUACGCUGAUCUCAAGAAACAAACUGUAUCAGUUGAGAUGAACGAGUUAAGCCUCAAACGACCACUAACUGAAACUAUCCAAGCUAAUUCGACUGCAUCGUUUAUGUUACCACAAUAUCCUCUUUGGAUUGUCGGCUGUGGCGUACUGUUACAUGAGCUUCAUCUACUAAUAAAUUAAAAAAUUACCGACACGGGAGCUCGCAAAAAUUGAUGAAGUUAUAGUGAAUUUUCAAUGUCGUAACACCUGUUUUUCGACAUUGCCAUCCCUUUCACUCUCUUUGAAAACAACAGAAAUAGCAAUAGUGUUCGUAUAUAAUAGUCAAGGAGACCGUGGGCAAUCGACCUUCACACAUCUUGUAACCAGAUGAGACAUUUUUAUCAAUGCCUACUUAUUAACAAACAUGCCUAUGAUAAUUGGCCUAUCGUAAAGUGUUCAUUACUAUUUUUAAUUGAAUUUAUUUUUAUCAAUUUUCUUUUAUUACCUUCACUCUUUAAUAACCGAAUGAAUUUCAUCUCAACUGAUAGUUUUGUAACCCAGAGAAUAUUACUAAGUAGGCUUGUCCGCUUAUAGGUGUUAACGGCUAUUUGGCAAGCACCUAGUUAUAGGUAAGUUAAUACUAGUAACACCGAUCUGAUAACCAAUGCAAAGGAGUAUUACAAGAUAAUUUAAUUACAAAACCAAUCGUGUAGGGUUGCCCGCAAAAAAAAAUUGACUAAAAUUAAUAAAAUUAAAAAUAGUCAUUAGCACUUCAAUAGGCAAAUUAUCAAAGCAUUUUUGCUUACAAACAGUAUUUGAUAAAAAAUUAUCCAUAUGUUUAUCAGAUGCGAAAGGUCGAUCUCCCACUGGUUCUUAGACUACAAGUGUCACGCCAUUUGAAAUUUACUCUUAGCAACCGCAUAAAUAUAAUAUUUACGUCGAUUCGCAUUAGUGACCCCAUACCUUAAGUCUAUC